CAUCUUUUCAAAAAGUGUGUUGAAGAAUGCUGUCUUUGAGCAGGAAAUGUGUUAAACGAACGCAAUUGGUUUGCAAAAGUGUUUUACCGCGAUCUGUGGGAAUGUUCGUUUUAGAAUAGAGGUAGCAAUAACCAUCGCAUUCUUUGAGUAGAUAGUUUGUUUAAGACUGCCUAUAACGCAUUUCUGUGCGGUGGAUAAACCUUUUGUGAUGUUAUGCGCUGUAUUUUCGGUUGAAAUACUCCUUUGAUUAUGGCCAAGCCAUAAUGCCCAUUUAUUUUGCUACAUGUCAUCAAUGAUGAGCUAAGAUAGAUGAAUUAUUGUCAUCAAUGAUGAGCUAAGAUGAAUGAAUUAUUGCAUUGGUAUACCCUUGAACAACCUACCCCCUUUUUUACCAAUACCUACAUCUUCAUUCUAAUGAACAAAAAUUAUGAAAAUAAAAAUGGUAGUUCUGCUCAUCUGCUUGAUGUUUUGCAGGCAGUCCCGUAUUCGGAUUGCAUGUACAAACAGUGUUUUACUGCUGGUGCAAAUGUUCAUAGUAAGUGCACAAGAGCGUGUUAUAGCUGCGUUAUCGAAUCGCUUACUUUUUAUCAUUGUCAUCAAUUUACUGCAGACAUCAGUUCAACUGCACUCCUCCUCCCACAUAAUGAGUUUUACCUUCUUUCUUUGUCGCAUACCGUUCUACACCUCUUCGCAUAUAACAAGGGCUCUCUGCAAUGCUGUUCAGCCGCACCUCUCUCCCCAUACGACCUAAUUAAGCAUUUCUCCACAACGUCUGGUGCACCUGCACAACUGCCAUUUCAUCUUUCAAACCACAAAACGCCUAAAAAAUUCUUGCCCCAUCCGAUAAAUGGACAAAAAGAUGAAAAUUGA